UAGUAUCUGUUCUUAUCAGUUUAAUAUCUGAUACGUCCUCUAUCCGAGGACAAUAUAUUAAAUGGAUUUUUGGAAUUAGGAGAUGGAAUAGGAGCUUGCUCCGUCCACUCCACGCAUCGACCUGGUAUUGCAGUACUUCCAGGAACGGUGCAUCCCCCCUUCGGGGGAACAUUUUGGUCAUCAAAAAAAAGAGUACAGUAAUUCACGUACCUCGCUGUUCACGAAACGAAACCGCAUCCACUGGAUCGGAUUCCGCGCGCGCUGGUGACGCAGCUGCUGCGCCGGAAGUGCGAGCCGUAGGCUCCGGGACUCAGCUAUGGCUGCUGCGGCAGCACGCUGGAAUCAUGUGUGGGUCGGCACCGACACCGGCAUCCUGAAAGGUGUGAACCUUCAGCGCAAACAAGCGGCCAACUUCACGCCGUCGGGACAGCAGCGGCGCGAGGAGGCGGUGAGCGCCCUGUGUUGGGGCGCGGGCGGCGAGACUCAGAUCCUGGUGGGCUGUGCGGAUGGGACAGUGAAGCACUUCAGCACCGAGGAGGGCAGGUUCCAGGGUCAGAGGCACUGCCCCGGAGGGGAGGGCAUAUUCCGAGGCCUCGCCCAAGUCGACGGCACCCUCAUCACAUGUGUGGAUUCUGGGAUUCUUCGAGUGUGGCAUGACAAUGACAAGGAGGCAUCCUCUGACCCUCUCUUGGAACUGAGGGUGGGCCCUGGGGUGUGUAGGAUGCGCCAAGACCCAGCACGCCCCCACAUGGUUGCCACAGGUGGGAAGGAGAAUGCUCUGAAGGUGUGGGACCUGCAGGGCUCUGAGGAGCCUGUGUUCAGGGCCAAGAACGUACGGAAUGAUUGGCUCGACCUGCGGGUUCCCAUCUGGGACCAGGACAUACAGUUCCUCCCUGAGUCACAGAAGCUCGUCACCUGUACAGGGUACCACCAGGUCCGUGUCUAUGAUCCAGCCUCCCCCCAGCGCAGGCCGGUCCUCGAGGCCACCUACGGAGAGUACCCACUGACAGCCAUGACCCUCACUCCUGGGGGCAAUUCGGUGAUUGUGGGGAACACUCAUGGGCAGCUGGCAGAAAUUGACCUUCGGCAGGGGCGCCUACUGGUCUGUCUGAAGGGGCUGGCGGGCAGCGUCCGAGGCUUGCAGUGCCACCCUUCAAAGCCCCUUCUAGCCUCCUGUGGCUUGGACAGAGUCUUGAGGGUACACAGGAUCCGGAAUCCACGGGGCCUGGACCAUAAGGUUUAUCUUAAAUCUCAACUGAACUGCCUCCUGCUGUCAGGCAGGGAUAACUGGGAGGAUGAACCCCAAGAGCCUCAAGAGCCCAACAAGGUGCCCUCAGAAGACACGGAGACAGAUGAACUCUGGGCUUCCUUGGAGGCAGCUGCCAAGCGGAAACUCCCCGAUUUGGAGCAGUCCCAAGGCGCCCUCCAAACCAGACAGAGAAAGAAGAAGAGGCCUGGGUCCACCAGCUCCUGAAGAGCUUGUGCUCACGUUGUAAAUAAACAGCUUAAUACGUA